AUGAUUAAGUUCAAGAAUAAAUUAAACUUUGUAUUGAUUGGUUUGAUUCUCAUUUUUUAUUUGAUUGGAAUUGUAGAAUCAAAAAAUAACAAUGGGAAGCAUAAAACUCAAAAAUCUUUCAUUUAGUAGAAGAAUGUCUUAAAAAAAAAAAUUUACUCAAUUCCUUUAACUAAAAAGCUUCCCUCAUAAGAAUAUCAAAUCGAGACUCUAAAUAUUUUGAAAGAGCAUCAAGCUUUACUUUUGUAAAUGAAAACAUUUUCUUAUUUAGAAAUGGAUUCUAAUAAGCAAAUAGUAAAAAAAUAAAAGCAAUUCAACAGUUUUUUGCAAACAGAUUUGAAAAUGCUAAAAUAAAAGCAAUCUUUAGAGCUUAGAAAUAGAGAUAAUUCUUUUUUUACUGGAAGAAUAGAAGUAGGAAAAUAGCCUUUUGAUGUUAUUUUCGAUACUGGAAGUGCUUUUGUUUUUAUAAAUAGCGACUAUUGUGCAGAAUGCAUGCAAGAUCAUCACUAUUACACUGAAACAAAAACUUUGGAAGAAACUAAUUUAGACAUCACUGUUUAAUUUGGUACUGGUUAGUUAUCAGGUCUUUUAAGCAAAGAUAUAAUAAGUCUAGGAGAAAUAGAAUUAGAAAAAGGUGUUUUCGCAUAGAUUACUUAGCAAGAUGGAAGCUUAUUUAAAUCUCAUUUUGAUGGUAUUGUUGGUUUAUCUGCCCUAGAUUUAUCUGAAGAAUCCCCUUCUUUACUAUCAUAAUUAAAUAAUUCUGGACAACUAGAACAUAAUGUAGUUUCAUUCUUCUUAGAAAGAGACGAAACUGGUUCUUAAAUAAUUCUAGGAGGAGUAGACAAAGACAAAUAUGAUGGUGAAAUUUAGUACCAUCCAAGAAUUGAUGAGACUAAUUUUUGGACUCUCCCUUGCAAAUAAAUUAAGGUUGGUAAUGAGGAUACAGGUUUAUGCUCUGAAAGCAACAUUUGCAGAUUAAUUGUAGACUCUGGUACUUCUUUGUUCACUGGUCCUCAUGAUUCAGUUGCAGUUCUCUUGAAUAAGUUAAAUAAAAAUGAAGAAGGUUGUAAAAAUUUGUAUGAUUUGCCUACAAUUACCUUUGUUGUUGAAGACUCUGAAUACACAGUUUAUCCUAAUGAAUACAUAAUAACUUCUACAAUCACCCAUAGCGAUCCUUUUUAUGAGCAUUCAGAUAUUGAUAUAAUAGUUGAGUGCAUGGUUUCAUUUUAUGGGCUUUAAGUUAAUGAUCAAGGAGAAAGUUAAAAUACUUGGAUUCUUGGAGAUGUUUUUAUGGGUAAAUAUUAUACUGUUUUUGAUAGUGAAAAUAAAAGAAUAGGAUUAGCUAAAUCUAUAAACUAUGCAUCUUAUAUUCACUGA